GUAGUGGGAAACAGCUGAUUCAUCCCCAGGCAAGCAAAAGCCACAGCGGAGAGACACAGCGACCAAAGCGUUCAGCCCGCGUCCAGUCCCAUCGAAUAAACCGUUUGCCCGCCGCGAACUAGGAGUUUGUGAAUUUUUCUCACGACCAGAAGGGAUCACCGACUUGAACCAUGAAAUUCGAGUACAAGCAGGAGCACGGAUUCGAGAAGCGUCGUGCCGAGGGCGAGAAAAUCCGCAAGAAGUACCCCGACCGCGUCCCCGUCAUCGUCGAGAAAGCCCCGAAGAGUCGAAUCGGGAACCUCGACAAGAAGAAGUACCUCGUUCCGUCGGAGCUCUGCGUGGGUCAGUUCUAUCAGCUGAUCCGCAAGCGGAUUCAGUUGAAACCCGAAGACGCGCUCUUCUUUUUCGUGAACAAUGCCAUGCCCCAUACGUCUGGAACUAUGGGAACCCUCUAUCAGGAACACCACGAAGAGGAUUUCUUCCUCUACAUGGCUUAUUCUGACGAGAACGUCUAUGGCGGGGAAGAUCUGUAGUCAACUCGGUCUCAUAGGUAUGGAAAUCUUCACCAUAGAUAGCUUCUCCAAUCUCUGAUACAUUAAAUAAACCCUCAUAAAUAAACAUAAAGGUAAUGACUGCGGUUUUCGAUGAUCUUAUGUCAAUUUCUCCAUUUGCGCGAACGAACUUCGAUAGAAGCGUUGACGAUGAUGUUUAGGGAAUUCUUUCCGUGAGAACCUGUAAAAUAAAUGCUUUUAAGUAGAUCACAGAAC